CGUUGAUUGAGGUAUACGGUGAAGUCCAGUGCUUCACUCAGAUUCGGCUUCAGUCUCUCAAGGGAAUACCAAAUUUCAUAAGUGAUCUAAGCCGAUAUGAUUCUUCUGGUGGUCAAUAUCUUCUGCGAAUUCAAUAUAUUGUUGUUGGUGAUCAGUUCCUGCCUAGGCGUUGAUGAAGUCAGUGAUUUUAGCAGUCCACCUACUACUGUUAAGGCCAGAGAAAAUAAUACGGUCUUGCUGCCUUGUUAUUUGAAUACCAUAUCUAAUGAAGAGACGUUCAUCGAGUCGAUCCGAUGGUACAAAAACGAAGAUCUGUUAGCGGACAGUGGUAAUGGGUCUUUUUCUCUUCCCGAUCGACACGUCCUGUGGGAAAAUGGCUCAUUACAAAUAGCGACGGUCCAGCCUGGCGACACUGGCGAAUAUACCUGCGAAAUAGAGAGAUCCGAGCCGUGGGGACCCGUCAGACAAAAGCAUGCGAUAGAAGUGUUACAUGCACCCUCUGUCGACUUAUUUCCUCCAACUGCUUUCCUCCAAGUGAAAUUGGGAGAAGAAGUUAGGAUAGCUUGCCAAGGUGGUGGAGUUCCGUAUCCGAUAAUAACUUGGUCCAGUAAGGGAGAAGAGUUGCAAUUGAUUGACAAUCGAGAAGUUCUCAAAUUCACAGCUUCUGAUAGACAAAUGGCAGGAGUUUACGAGUGUUCAGCGGCAAAUGGCGUUGGUGAUCCAGCCAAAGCAUCUAUCGAACUCAACAUAAUUUAUCCCCCCGAAGUGAUGACGUCACGCUCCUGGAUCCACACAGCUCCCGGCCACCGCGUCCAGCUGGACUGCAGGGUGUCCGCGGAUCCGCAGGCAACGGUCACGUGGCUCAAGGGCGAGACACCCGUCGCUCUGGACGCGAGAGUACUGUCAACUGUCGAGGGCGACAGGCACAGCCUGCUGAUCAGGACGGUACAGAGGAGCGAUUUCGGGAUAUACACUUGCAGGGCCAUGAACGAGCUGGGUCAGGGUGAAUUGGCCAUACAGUUGUCAGGAGUACCAAACCCUGGGGUCUUCAAGAAAACCGAAGUGAAAAAUCUGAACGCUAAAACUUCGUACACCCUCAUAUGGGAGGUUGAUAGCUACACUCCAAUAAUCGAGUACAACCUAUGGUUCAGGCCUUACAGGUCCAGAAAUAGUGGUGGACCUCCUAGCUGGACAAAGUUGACAAUUCCCACGGAGCAUAGUUCUGGUCCAGUUUAUUCUAAAUCCUACACAAUCAAAGGACUGAGAGAGAAGUAUGUGUAUGAGGCAUUGUUGGUAUCCAGGAAUAGGUAUGGCUGGUCGAAACCAUCGCCCAUUUUGAGGUUUGCAACAGCUGGGGCAGAAUUGAAUAAUGAAGAGAUGAUAACAACUGUUCAAAUAAGCGUCCACCAAGAAAACGUAUUUACAUUUCAGCCAAGUAUAUCAUCGAGUGGAAAUGAAAAUAUAUUCUUCUUGAAAACUUGUAUUUUGAUAUGUGUGAUUAAAUUAUUGUUGAUCUGA